CUACUUGACGAUUUUAUGAAGUUGUCACGGUGCACUUGUCGCAUGAUGGCGCAACAUGUUGUUCGCUCAAGCACACCGGCAGCUCUUUUAUUACUUAUUUUUGUGACAUCCAAUUUAGUAAACGUUAACGCAUUUACAAAAUUGAAAAUAUCUAAUAAUUUAAGUGUCAAAUCAGUGGAUGUCUUUAUUAAAAAACAAUCUUACAUACGCGAAAAUGUAUCUACCACCUCAGGUUUUUUGAUUGAAGUUCUUGGCACCGGUCUUGAAAAUAAUGUUUCAUUACGUUGGUCACAUACAUUUGACAAUUGCGAUUCGGAAAACAAAUUAAGUGCAGUUUGGAUUUCACCAAAUGGUAGUCGUGCGAUAUAUAAGUUUGUCAAGGUUCCUAAUUUUAAGGUUACCACAAUCUAUUUCUGUCUAAAAGUCGUCGGUGAAAUAUGGACCAAUCUUGGAAGCAAUUUUACUAUCAGAUUCCCAAUACAAUCAGAAAAAUAUUUUCGUAUGCGUCGUGCGAAUUUAUUAGGCAUUGUCAAUGAUGAUCCUAAAAAUCUAUUGACUGAGCAAAUCCAUACAGAUGUAUUUAUUGAAGGAUUGAGAAUAGAAACAUCAGAAAAAGAUCCUAGUUAUAGUGAAAAUGGUAUUCCAGAAAUACUUGCUGGAACUAAAACAGUUAUAAGAUUAUUUGGUUUUGGAUUCACAGAAGAUACUUUAAUCACUUUCACUGAUGAACAAGCAGAAAGAGGCACUAUUUGUGAUAAAAUUAAAAGUAAUGAAUUUCUAGUAAAAAAUGUAAGAAACAAUACUGCAACUAUUGAUGUAGUAUUACCUCUUGGUUCACCUUUUUACAUAUGUGUAAAACAACCAAUACAUGAAAAGGAAGGUUCAAAUCUUUUACUUUUUAAACAUCAAGGGACAGAAACAUGGAAUACUAUAUACACAUAUGAAAAAUUUUUGCCACUUUGGCUUAGUAUUUUAAUUAUACUCAUGUGUCUUACUUUCUCUGCUCUAUUUUCUGGUUUAAAUUUAGGACUAAUGGCAAUGGAUAGAACUGAAUUGAAGAUACUAUGUAAUACUGGAACAGAGAAGGAAAAACAGUAUGCAAGAACAAUACAACCAGUGAGAAAUCAUGGAAAUUAUUUGUUAUGUUCAAUUUUAUUCUCUAAUGUUUUAGUGAAUUCAAUUUUCACUAUUUUGUUAGAUGAUUUAACUUCUGGAUUAGUUGCAGUUAUUUGUUCUACUCUAGCUAUUGUGAUUUUUGGUGAAAUUUCACCACAAGCUAUUUGUAGUAGACAUGGAUUAUGCAUUGGAGCAAAAACAAUUUAUAUUACAAAAUUAACUAUGAUAAUAACAUUUCCAUUGAGUUAUCCUAUUAGUAAACUUCUGGAUUUCCUUCUUGGAGAAGAAAUUGGUAAUGUGUAUAAUCGUGAACGAUUAAAGGAACUUGUGAAGGUGACAACAGGAUAUAAUGAUUUAGAAAAGGAUGAGGUGAACAUUAUUGCUGGAGCAUUAGAAUUACGAAAAAAAACUGUUGCAGAUGUAAUGACAAAAAUUGAAGAUGUAUAUAUGUUAGAUUAUAAUGCCAUUUUAGAUUUUGAAACAGUAUCAGAAAUUAUGAAAUCAGGUUUUUCUCGUAUACCAGUAUAUGAAAAUGCAAGAACAAAUAUUGUUACAAUGCUUUAUAUUAAAGAUCUUGCAUUUGUUGAUCCAGACGAUAAUAUGCCAUUAAAAACUUUAUGUCAAUUUUACCAAAAUCCAUGCAAUUUUAUUUUUGAAGAUGUUACAUUAGAUAUUAUGUUUAAACAAUUUAAAGAAGGUCAUAAAGGUCACAUGGCAUUUGUUCAAAGAGUUAAUAAUGAAGGCGAAGGCGAUCCAUUUUACGAAGUAAUAGGAUUAGUCACAUUAGAAGAUGUUAUAGAAGAAUUGAUUCAAGCUGAAAUUAUGGAUGAAACUGAUGUUUUUACGGAUAAUAAAUCCAAACGUAGAAGACAAGCUAGACAUAAAAUACAAGAUUUUACCGUGUUUGCAGAGAAAAAAGAAAAUCAACGAAUUCAUAUAUCGCCGCAAUUGACAUUGGCUAUGUUUCAAUAUUUAUCUACAACUGUAGAUGCUUUUAAACCCGAUACUAUAUCAGAAACUAUUUUACGUCGUUUACUUAAGCAAGAUAUUAUUUAUCACAUCAAAGUGAAAUCACGUGAGAAAGCAAGAAAUGAUCCAGCAGCGGUAAUUUAUCAACAAGGAAAAGCAGUUGAUUAUUUCGUUUUAAUCUUAGAAGGCCGAGUUGAAGUUACAGUUGGAAAAGAAAAUAUGAUGUUUGAAAGUGGACCGUUUACUUAUUUCGGCUCUCAAGCAUUGACUGUCAAUAUUGGAAUUGCCGAAUCACCUACUAAUACAAAUCCUCAAACAGUGGGAAGUAUACAAUCGAUAAAUUUAGAUUCUAUGUUACGAUAUACAUUUAUUCCUGAUUAUACAGUACGUGCAGUAUCAGAAGUAUUUUAUGUUAAAAUUAAAAGAUCAUUAUAUCUAGCUGCAAAACGAGCAACACUUCUCGAAAGAAGUCAAAAAGAUUCAUUACCUGGUCAAGAACAAUUUGAUGACGAAGUAGAAAAAUUAUUACAUUCUUUGGACGAAGACGAUCGUAGUAUGCCAGAAUCUCCAGUAUUACCUGUUGAAAAAGAAAAAGAAAGUAAAAAAGAAAAAGAAAAAGAAAAAGAUAAUGUACAAUCUCCUGUUUAUAGUGCAACUGCUCCAACUUCACCUGCUCCAGUCAGUGCUAGUCCAGUUACACAUUCGAAAUUCAUCUCGUCAUACAGUGAUCAUAAUGGAAAACUUAAAAAUUCACCUACAGCAGUAAUUAGUUUUGGUCAAGCACAACCUAAAUUAGAUUUAAAUACAGAAAUUCUUGCUCGUCAAGAAGCAAAUAGAACUAUAUCUACAAAAAAGUUAAUUGAUGAUGAAGAAAGAACGAAUCUCCUGCCUAAACAAGAAGACUCUUAACGUUCGAGAAAUAGUCGACAAUAUUUAAAUGAGUCGACAUUGAUACUACAGGUAUUAAACAACGAAGAGCAGGAAAAACCUCUAUGACAUACAAUGCUAUCAUGGCAUUAGGUACUUAAUGAAUUACUUAAAUCUUUACCACAAAAGAAAUUAAUAUCUUUUAAGUUUUAAAAAGUUAGUUUGAAAGAUAUCCAAAUGCGAUAUAUAUUCUAAUUUUAAAAGUUAGUACGCUCAGGGAAAGUUGCCAAAAUUUCAGAUACUCAUAUACAUUCAAUUAUUCUUAGUUUACGUAAAUAACUUAAUACGUAAUUAAAAUUUAAACGCAUUUUCAAUCAAUAGUAAUGAUUUUGUACAUUUUCCUUUUUUCAAUAUUUUGUAUUUUGAAAGAGCGGAACACUUAUUGAAUAUAUUAUUAUAGGAAAUUUCAUUUUCUAUUAUUUGUCACAAAAUGCACAUAUAUUUUUUAAUAAUUCUUCUUGAACAUUUGUAAAUAUCACUUUACCAUACAUUUUUUCAUAAAAAAAACUUUUAUGAAAUAUGUAUUUCAUUUACUGAUGAAAUAUAUAUUUACAUGACAUUUCUUAAUAAUUGAUAUAAGCGAUUCUCGUUAUUAUGCUUAUAUUUUAUGAAGCAAAAAGAGUUUUGAACAAACAAAACUUUAAUGCAGUUGUGUAGCUUUACUAUGUGUAUACUGUAGAAACAAAUAUAAACAAUUAGGUUUUUUAAA